CCCGAUGAUAUUGCCGUGAUAACUCCAUAUCUCGGUCAACUCCAUCAACUUCGGCGUCUCAUGCAGUCCAUCAUCCGACUGGCUACCGUCGACAAUUUCCAAGGUGAAGAAGCGAAAGUGGUCGUGGUCUCCUUGGUCAGAAGUAAUCAGCAAAACAAGUGCGGAUUUCUCAGCACUCCCAACCGCAUCAAUGUACUUCUGUCUCGAGCGCAGCACGGCAUGUACCUCAUUGGUAACUCAAAGACU